AUGGCUACUCAAACCUUGCAUGAAACAAAGAAAUCACAAGCUAAGAGAGCACUACGUUCCCUAGCUAUAGGAAUUGCAAUUCCCUUUACAAUAACAUUAACAAUAAUCAUUCUCUUUGGAUCAGGCAAAAAAUACAAUGUUUUGGCUAAGCCAUUUUGGUUUGCACCCCUUUGGUACAUUCACUUAGCAACAUUGGGCUCAUCUUUCUUUAUGGGCCUAGCUGCUUGGUUAGUUUGGGCUGAUGGUGGAUUUAAAGGUGAAUCAGAUGCAUUGUGUUUCUAUGUAGCUCAUAUAUCUCUAAGCAUUGUUUGGCAUCCACUUGUUCUUGUUAUGAAUGCUUAUUGGCUUGCAUUGGUUUCUGGUCUUGUUGAUUGUGGAACACUUUUUAUUUGUUACUUGAGGUUUAGAAAGGUUAAUCCUUUUGCUAAAGAUUUGGCUAAACCAUGUUUGGCUUGGACUAUGUAUCUUACUCUUGUUAGCUUUAAGUUAAUGUUUCUUUGA